GCAUUUGCUCGAUCUUUUCACGAGUUUGCUCGACCGUAUUCCUAAUUGAUUGACAAUGGUGUCCGGUUCUGGUGUCUGCGCCAAAGUGGUCGUCGUCGAUGCACGGCACCACAUGCUUGGACGCCUAGCGUCCAUUCUCGCCAAAGAGCUUCUCAAUGGCCAACGCGUGGUUGUGGUUCGUUGUGAGGAAAUCGCUCUUUCCGGUGGACUCGUACGACAAAAAAUGAAGUACUUGAGGUUUCUGAGAAAGAGGAUGAACACCAAGCCAAGCAAGGGACCCAUUCACUUCCGUGCUCCUUCCAGAAUCUUGUGGAGGACCAUUCGUGGAAUGAUCCCGCACAAGACAAAGAGAGGUGCCGCUGCCCUCGAACGAUUAAAGGCAUUCGAGGGAGUCCCUCAGCCUUAUGACAAGAUGAAGAGGAUGGUCAUUCCUGAUGCCCUGAAGGUUUUGAGGUUGCAACCGGGCCACAAGUUUUGCUUGUUGGGACGCCUUUCAUCUGAGGUUGGAUGGCAUCAUUAUGACAUUGUGAAGGAGUUGGAGGAGAAGAGAAAGGUCAAAUCGAAGGUCUUCUACGAGAGAAAGAAACAGCUCAUUGCUUUGAGGAAGCUGGCUGCAAAGAAGGCGGACGAGCAAUUAACCGCUGGAAACGAAAUACUUGCGCCAAUUUCCUACAACAAGGUUUAAAUAGAGAUGUGUUUGAGAAAGUUGUUCCAGUUGUGAACUGCCGCCAUACCGUGAAAAUUCUUCGCUUCGUUUGUGGGAUGACUUUGGUGGAUUUGUGAAUCUCCAUCAAAAUAUUCAACGCCGAGUAGAGAGCUUGCGGUGAGAUUUUGAUGUCUACAUCCACAGCUCGCUCUCGAAAUGGGGUUCAAUCACUCAUCCACACCAUCGGGGAAUGCGGAUGAGAUGAGUAGGCAAGCUUCCUUUCUUGUAGCAUUUGCCGAUCACCGUUAACAUAGAAAAUCUCGACCGAAAGGCUGAUUCUACCAACGAUUACCAUUUAACAUAAUCUGAAUCCAGGCGUAGUCCAUAUGUAACCAGUUGAUGAAUUUCAAAGAUGAAUCUUCGGAGUUGUGGUUGAAGUAUUCAAGCUCGAUCACGUAUUGCUUGCGAUAGGAAGAGGACGCGAGCGCUCUUUUCCGAGAAGGUGUAUGUUGUAUGGUUAGCUCCAGGUCCUUUUGAAGACAUGGAUAAGGAAAGAAAAGGAAGAUUUUGUCCCUGUGGAUAUAGA